CUGGCGACGGAACAACAAUGGCAACGGCAUCGUCGUGCAAAUGUCCCAUACACAACCUCUUGAAUUCUCAUAUUUCAGUAUCUUCCUUUCCCUUUCUUUUCUGCAACGAAGUCACAAUUUCAAAUCCAGUUGGAAUAGUAAAAUGGCCAGCCAUACCGCAAAUCCCAUAGGCAAGUCAGACACCCUCAACGAUACCUCUGCGUCAGAGAGACCUCGAGUCCAAUCAGAGUCAAUCUGCACUGCAGAUAAACAUGCAUUUGCUACCAAUUCCAGCUUGGCGGGUCAAGACCCCGAUCUUCAUGCUGCCCAGACAGACCCUACUCUGGAUGUUGCUACUGUCUCUGAGUCUGACCAGGAGGAUUUUACGACUGACGCACUUGAAACUUCGACCCCUGCAACAUGUUACUGCUCUGACGCUGAUACUCUUGAUGAUCAAUCGAGCUCUUCUCAGAGCGACCGAGAGUCCAGCAGCCUAGUUGGCCAGGCAAGUAAGACCUUUGGUCAAGACGACAGAGCUUCCUCCUGUCAAAAUGACAUUGGCGAAGUCCUCACUAAUCCAAAAGUCUCAUAUCACACCUCGCAAAUCUUGGAUGCCUACUUCCGCAAUAAUGAUGUGAUCUUUAACUUCAUGGAUUCUCUCUUUGAAGAUUGGGCCAACCUCGGAAGGCUGGCAUCUGAAGAUGAGCUGUGGCAAUAUCUCGAAUCGGGCGCCAUGAACACUCAAGUUGCACACCCAUCUUCCCAAGAGUCAGUUCUCUCGCAAGCAAAAGACUCGAACGAAGCGAGGCAGCUCAAUGUCAAGUGUGAUUGGGAAGGGUUUCCUUCUCUGCAACACACGGAGCAUCGGUCCAGUUGCUCACCAGCGACCUACUCUCAAACAAAUCAACAGAGCGAUGACCUUUACAACAAUGAGAAUAGUCUUCAGCCUGAGACAUACUGUCCGAUUGGUCAGCAAAAAUCUGAGCGUCAUUACAAACAAGACCGCCAGCCUGCAACUCGCCUCCCAGCAACUCAACAGAAUGGCGAGAAUGGUGGCCAACAAACAUCUCGCAUUCCAACAAUUCAUUUGAGCGGCGAGCCUUAUGAAAACGAGAAAGAGUCCCAACUGACGUACGAGAUUCUAGAAAGCCAGCAAUACUAUGAGUCUUUCGAUGAACCAAGCCAUCAGCCAGGACCCUACUUUUCGGGAAGUCGGCAAUACGAACAGCUGGUCAAUCGUGAUGAGACCGAUCUUCAACCAUCAUUUUACGUCCCAAAGAACCAGCGAUACUCCCAGUUCUACCAAGAUCAGGAAUUCUCUAUCGCACUCACUGAACAUCAAGUCCAAACCCGCUCCGAGACUUAUCGCCAACAAAUUUUCGAAGAAGAGUCUUGCAUUCCAGGAGACAAUAGCAGUAAUACAGAUCUCAACACUGACGACCCCGCCAGCUUCUAUUGCAACGAAGGCAAUGACGCUACCACAGUCGACGAGGAAGAGCCCGAAGAUUCAGCCCUUUCAAUCGAAGAGCGAAUGGCGGAGCUCAAAAAGCAAAUCGCAAUCACACAAGCCAGUACCAAAGCAACUCUGGACAAGAUCUCCGAGAAUGAGAAGAGAAUCCAAGAAAUCGGUGCAACUCUCCAGGAAAAGCGCAAGCGACCCGACAAGGCAGAUGAGACUGAGGAGAUGCCAGUGAGGAAGACCAAGACUCCACCUUAUCGCAGACCAAGCAGGAGGAAGGAGCCGAUGGCGAAGACUACUAAGCGUACAAAGAGAGCUCGCACUAUUGAGUCUCCCCUCGAGUUUGUUCAGUACGUUCCUGAGGGAGAGACGUGCGAGGGAAACUCGUCAGAAAAAACAAGCUUUCGUCAUGGCCUUGGGAUUCGAUUCUAUUCGCCGGCAUCAGAAGCUCAGAACUCAUAUCCUUUGGAUGCUGCUGACCAUGCUCAAGUCGCUGGAAGUCACUUCGAGUGGGUCGGUCAGCCGGUUCCGCAGGCCCAAGAAACCUAUCAGCCAAACCCUUUCAGCUACGCUCUAGCUACUGAAGGCCACUUCGAGUCAUUCGGCCAGUCAUUUCCCCAGACCCAGAAUGCAGAACAGCCAAAUACUCCCAGCUACGCUCGACAUGUUGCAAAUCAGUGCAAUGACACCUCACCUGCUAUGAACCAGGCACAGUAUAUAAAUGUACCGGAUGUCUCAAGCACUCCAAGUCAGGACUUCCAGGGCCAGGAUAUUAGUACUUCGCUCAACCAGUUGGAUGAUCAUCAACACCCCACUGGCAACUAUGGUAUUCAUGCUGCCCAAGACAUGGCUGCCAAUGGUAAUCCUCAAUUCCCAUUCGGAUUUCCUGAUACCAAAUCAUUGCGAUGGAACGGACAUUGA